AGGGAUUCCAACGUGGUCCCCCACCGUAGUACUAACCUGGCCCGACGAUGCUUAACUUCGCUGAGCAGACGGGAAGCGGUGCUGUCAUCGUGGUAUGGUCGUUCCUGAUAGAAAAGAAGGAAAACAAAAUUACUUUCCCAAAACAAAAAAUUGUUGAGGGCAAGAGAUCCACGGAAACGUCUUUCCUACUUCCACAAUCUGUUGAAGACCAUGCCCCGCAAUGGCGGCACUUCUGGUCAACAACGCGACGUGCGUUCGUUCUUCGGGGGCAACUCAUCAUCGCAGAAAAAAGUAGCGGUGGUGCCGUCGAGCAAUCGCAAACGAAAACGUCCAACCACCAACGCCAGCGCCUUCGGAUCCUGUCCACUAUGCAACCUGUCAUUUCCUCAUCACGCUCUGGAAAAACAUGCGUCCACAUGCGAGGGAAAGCCCGAUCCAACAAGAAAGAGCGUAAUACCAUCCGCAUCAGUGACAAAAAGAGCUGAUAUCAACCAUAAAAGUGUUGCCACCAACAACAGUAAAAGAGAUGCUACCGCCAACAAUCAUCGAAUACCCCCCAUUAUCAAGAAACCCCCACUGGUACCUGCUCGGAAACCUACCUCGGUGCCUGUUCCAGGUCUCCUUUUAUUUGAAGAUUUCAUCACAGAAGAAGAGGAAGCUCAAAUUCUAGAAACAUUGGACAAUCCACAAAGACAUGAUUUUGUGCCCUGGAAACCGUCCACAUUUAAUGGUCAGCAUGAUGGCAAGCGCUGGGGAGUUCAUUGCGAUUUGAAAUCUCGUCAAGUGACAGCGUCACCCAAAGACCAUCCCUUGCCAUGGUUCAUGGACGACAUUAUCAUUCCCCGACUAGGAACCUUUGCCAACUUGACUCGUCGUGGUUGGAUCCCCAACGAAGCCAAUGCGAUUGACUAUCGUCGUGCCAAAGGGCAUUAUCUGCGAAACCACGUGGACAAUCGACAGCUCUCCAAAGAGCCCAUUGCCAAUCUAUCUCUGGCGGGGGAUUGCUACAUGACUUUUAUCAAUGAAAAACAACGACGCAAAGACAAGAAUGCAACCACAACUACUAGUAGAGUCUUGCUGAAACGUCGUUGCCUCCAGAUAUUGACGGGAGAGGCACGGUACGAUUAUUCUCAUGGCAUUCGUCAUCAAGAUUUGUUGUCCGACCGAAGAGUGUCCUUGACGAUGAGAGAAUCUCCCGUGACCAGAAAGGUUGACAGUCAAAGGCCACACAAUCAGGCCACGCUUCAUCAAGUCUUGUUGCAAAAGAACAAGUAGUGGUAGACUAGACGAGAACAAGUACAUGUAGUGCUGGACUAGACGAGUGGUUUCUUAGGUCAUACACAGAAGCCAAUAAUACAUGUACUAGAAUGCUCCUUCUCUUUCUUGUC